GCGGCGGGAUGCAGCGCUUGCGCUGCGCCCUCGUCUGCGCCGCCUGUAGCUGCGCGCUCGGGGCGCGCCGCCGCCUGGGCCAGCCGGAGCACCCGCUGGCGCUGGUGGCCAAGGAGUCAGAGGCCGUCCAGACGCCUGCCAACGGCUACGCCUCGCGCGCUGAUAUUCCCAGUGGCUGCGAGCUGGCUCCGGCCCAGAAGGUCGCGAACGACGGGCGCUGCUUGUUUGACGACCAGUGCCAGAGCGGCUUCUGCUGUCCGUACUGCCGGUGCUGCCAAGGCCAGCAGGUGGGGUCCUGGACCGACGACCCCAUGCUCCGGGAGAUCCUGGUGGCGCCGCCGAUCGGCGGGGGCAGGAACGGGUGCGAGGGCGGCUUCUGCAAG